AUGAAUGUUUCGCUCUUAGAGGAUGAAAACUACCUAGAACAGUUACGAAUUAAUAUACCCAAAUGGAAACAAGAAGGUGAAAUUGAUCUGUCUGACAAACGCUGCGUUUGGGACUGGAUCAAAUACAAUAUUAGAUUGCACGCCAUUAGCUACUCCAAAGAAAAAGCCAAACUUAAAUAUGAGAAAGAGCAGCGGAUUCAACAAGAACUUAAAGAUGCUAACAGGCUGUUUGAAAAUGACCCUAGUGCCUCAAAUAGAUUGCGAUUAGAUGAAAUCAAAGAAAAAUUAGAACUUUUAUAUGAGGAAAAAGUAAAAGGAAUCGUCAUACGGGCAAGAGCACGUUGGCAUGAGUAUGGUGAAAGGAGUACUAAAUACUUUUUAAAUCUAGAAAAGAGAAACCAUGUCAAAAAACACAUCCGAAAAUUGUUAGUAAGUGGUUCAAUAACUACAGACCCGUAUCGGAUACUCGCCGAACAAAAACGAUUUUAUCAAAACCUAUACAAAACUAAGGACUCUGUAGAGGCUACGGAUUCCAUAGAGGCAUUUCUAAAUAGUUUAAAUAUUCCUAAACUAUCGGAAGAACAAAGGCAAUCGUGUGAAGGACGAAUUUCUACCGAGGAAUGUAGGAUAAUUAUAGAAACGUUUCAAAACAAUAAAUCGCCAGGGAAUGAUGGUCUCCCCAUUGAAUUUUACAAAAGCUGCUGGGAUCUCAUUAGUAAACCCUUCAUAGAUUGCGUCAAUGAAUCCUUUGAUAAAGAAGAAAUGUCUAAUUCCCAAAGGCAGGCUGUAAUCACUUUAAUAGAAAAGAAAGGCAAAGAUCGUACAUUAAUAGAAAAUUGGAGGCCCAUAUCACUUGUCAAUGCCGACACUAAGAUAAUAUCAAAAGUGAUUGCCAACAGAAUUAAAGAUAUACUUCCUUCUAUAAUCCACCAUAACCAAACUGGUUAUGUAAAAGAACGCUAUAUUGGUGAAACGGUUAGGUCGAUCUUCGAUAUCAUGGAUUUAACAGAUAAGGAAAAUAUGCCUGGUCUGUUGAUAUUUAUUGAUUUUGAAAAAGCGUUUGAUUCUUUAGAAUGGAACUUCCUGUAUAAUUGUCUAGAUGUCUUUAAUUUUGGUCCAAAUUUUAAGCGCUGGAUCAAAACUUUUUACGCAAAUAUUAAAAGUUGUGUGGUAAAUAAUGUUGUGUUCAGACUAUUUUGAACUGACACGUGGUGUCAGGCAGGGCGACCCUCUUUCCCCAUAUCUUUUUCUUUUGGCCGUGGAAACCUUAGCGAUCGCCAUCAGAGCUAGCGAAGAAAUAAAAGGAAUAGUAAUAAAUCAAGAAGAGACCAAACUUCUUCAAUACGCUGAUGACACUACUGCUGUACUCGCUGAUUUAGAGUCAGCUCAAAAACUCUUCCAACUGCUUGAUAAGUUCAAGGAGCUUUCUGGCUUAAAGGUAAAUAGUUCAAAGACCGAAGGAAUGUGGAUAGGAUCACUGAAGAACAGUGAAAAUAAACCUCUAGGAAUCAAAUGGCCCACAGAGCCAAUAAAAAGCCCUUGGUGUCUUUUUUCACCUAUGACCAUAAGUUGUCUCACUCAAAGAAUUUCUCAGAGAAAAUCGUCGACAUUAAAAACUAAUCAACAUCUGGUCCUCAAGGGGGCUUUCUGUCUACGGAAAGGUUACUCUAAUCAAAUCACUUCUUAUACUUAAGAUCGUUUACACCUCCUCUUUGUUACCUACUCCGGAACACAUUGUCAAGGAUUUAAAUCAUAUAUUAUAUAAGUUUUAUGGAAAGGUAAAGAUAAAGUAACAAGAGCGUCAACAAUAAAUAAUUAUGAAGAAGGAGGCAUCAAAAUGGUGGAUAUUGAAAGUUUGAUAAAAUCUCUCCGUCUUUCCUGGCUUAAACGAAUAUUUAGUGACAACUCAGGCGCGUGGAAAAACUACCUUGAAUACAUCUUGAAAGAUUCUGGAGGUCUAAUGCUUUUUAAAUGCAAUUAUAAUGUUAAGGAUCUUCAAAUUACCUCUACCUUUUAUUUAGAACUACUUAAAUGGUGGUCGGAACUCCGAGAAGAUAAUGCUCUUAAUAACGAUUGGCAUUAUGUAAUUUGGAAUAAUCGAGACUUUAGAAUAGACGACAAGCCCUUUUUCUACAAGAAAUAUUACGACAUUGGUAUCUGGGAAAUAGGAGACCUACAUUUUGAUCUCAGCAAUACUGAAUCCUACGAGCAGAUUGCAAAAAAUGUUAAAAAGACAAACUUCCUUGAAUGGACUAGUAUGAGACAUUCAAUACCAACCAACUUAAGAUUUCUUAAUCGCUCGGAUUCGAGUACCUUUAAUGCAAUACCUUCCUUUAAAAUCAAUGGCGGCGUUUUCGACAUAGCAAAAAAAAAAGAAAUCAAAAGAUUAUUAUCCUUUUUGAUCAAAAAAAGAAGGCUUGUCUCCCAAAUUACGCACAAAAACUGA